GGUUUACAUGAAACCUUGUCUUGAGUCAUGACUCUACCGUACCCCAAUGAUGCAUCAAGCUUUACUUGUUCCUGAAGUCAUCCUGGAGAUAUUCGCCUAUGUGAACACAAUACCAUCUACUCAAACAUCGACCCAGAAAUUGUUUGCAGGGCUUGCAAGGACAUGCAAAAUCUUCUAUGAGCCUGCGAUGGAUUUGUUGUGGGUUGAAAUCCAUGAGUUAGAACCACUGCUAGGUUGUGUAGCGAGGCUACAUCCACUGAUAUAUCAUCAUAGUCGUACAAGGUGGAACGAGCCCUGGGCGAAAGAUGUCGAGCCAUUAUCUGCCCAUGAGGUCCAUCAAUUUCUGCGUCACUCCUCCCGUAUAUGCACAUUGGACAUAAAAUCCGAACAUCCACACCUUCUCUCUGUCAUCCCUGCCGAGGCAUGCAUAUUUCCAAAGCUGAAGUCAUUAAGUCUUUCCACCACAUAUUUGAACCACUUUCUGCCUCACAUGCUGCACCGAUGUCAUCUAUUGAGCGUCGACGAGGGUCUGCAAUCUUUUGUGACACGUUGCAUUGCUCUGGAGCAUCUACGCAUCUACACUCCUGAAAUAUGCGAUGGCGACAGCACAGCAGAUGAGCUGUCCCCGCUAUCUGAUAGGAUUCAUUGGUGCACGCAGCUUGUAACUCUGGCUUGUCCAAUGCUCGACUGGGCAACAUGGAAGCACCUCUCCUCCCUCCCUACUCUUCUCAAAUUGAGAAUUGAGCAAGGAUGUAAUGACCCUUCUUCGUUGUCAAAAUGAGAUAUCGUGAAUCUAUCAUUCCUUAACAUCACAACCCUUUUUUUUCAAGAGCUCUACGAUCCUAAAGAUAUCAUCACAGUCAUGCAACACUCGCAAUUUCCCUCGCUGAAAGAGUUCGCGUUUGAAGCCAACUAUUUCUUUUCAGAACAGGCCGAGCAACUCUUUC